AUGGCGCCUGGAACGCGUCGCGCCAACAGAGCUGGUUACGCCGAGCAUGAUGAUUUUGAAGGUUUGCCCGUGCGACAAUGGCGACAAGAAUGGAUAAACGUUGUGCCGCCGCAACAGCAAGAACAAACUCAACAAAACGAUAUCUGGUCGAUCGAUCUACCCCAUGGCAUGCCAAAGGAUUCGGGUCUACUCCCACCACACACUCAAGAACUCCUUGCUGCCGCACGAUCUGGACGCUUGUAUAAAAGACCUGCGCCAGCGGAAGAGGAAGAAGGCGACGCUGAUGCAGCUCCCGAGAAGCCAGAGAAGAAGGACGAAGAUACGGGCGCCAGAGGAUUCAGUGUCAAGGUCUGGAAGCAGCUACCACGAAACCUCGAUAAUUCUGGUGUGUCGCACCUCGCGAAACGACAAAAGAACACUGUGACAAUCGCCAGUCGAACGGUCGAAGAAAAGGUCCAGGGACCAACGGUUACAAGGGCGACUAUUAGGAGAAUCGACGCCGCUGGAAACCCAUAUACAGAGGAGGUCACCCUGGGUGAAGGUCAAAAGGUUCAGGGCGAAAUCGUUUCUACUAGAAUCGAACCUGCGCCUGCUGCUGGCUUGGAGCCUCUAGCUACGACACCUGUUCCCAACCGACGAAGGCCUCCACCUCCUAAGAGAAAGACCAAGGCUGGUCCUGGUCGCGGAAAGAAGAAGAUCAAGAAUCCUCUGCCCGAGACUGGAGCUCCUAUCGCGGCACCCGUUGGAACUGCAGACGGUGCCACCCCUGCUGCGGUUGUCAAGCCUGAGAACCCCGCAGAAGCUGCCAUUAAGCAAGAACGCGAAGACUCGACCAAUCGGGACAGUUCAAUGAUCGAUGCGGAUGAUGAUGAUGACGAUGAAGAUGGAGAAGAUGACGAAGGCGAUGAAGGUGAAGAGGGAGACGGAACACCAGCUCCGGUUAGCCAAGCGGGCGGUGAAAACGACAAGCAGCAAGAUCACGAAAUGACAGACGCCGCCCCCACAACGACCACCGAGUCCGCUCCCGCCCCGCCUCCUGCUCCUGUGCCUGCUUCAGCUGAACUUCCUGCCGCCCCUGCAAAUGACGACACUGACGUCGUUAUGCAAAACGAUUCUUCUGAGCCUGUACAAGAAAGUGCUGCCAAUCUCGCACCACCUACACUCACGCCUGAAGAAUCAAGGGUUGAAGGCAGCCCUCUCAAGAACGUUGCCAUGCCUUCGCCUACAAAGGAGGACACAGAGCAGAUGCUCCAGGAGUCGCUCAAUGCCCCCUUUGCCGACGUUGAUGAGACUAAGGAGCCUCAACUGACCGAGGAAAACCUCAAGGAGGCGUCCUUGGAGCCCCCUACUAAUGACAACGUACCUCAUGCGUCUGGCGUUGAUGAAGAACACAUUCUGAAAACGGCUGUGAAUGCUGCGUUUGGAGUUGAGCAACCGCCAGUGGUAGGACCUGGGGCUGAGCCUGCUGAGUCGACUGUGGCCGAGCCGCCAUCGACGGUUGUCGGAGAGGCCCCUGAAGCUGCAACCGAUCGUGAUAUUCCCAUGAUGGAGCCAACCGAUAACGAAGCACUGCUGCCUCCUCCACCAGAAGAAGUUGGUAAUAUCGCUGCUUCACCUCCGGGAAGCUCUGGAGAACAAGGACAUUCUGCCCCUGGAAGCGAUGUCAAGCUGCCCUUUGACAUUUUGCCUGGCGAAGAAGCUCUCCCAUCAAGACCGCAAUUAGAACAAAAUGAUACUGGUUUGACAGAAGACAGUAUCAGACCUGAUGAUUCAGCUUCAAUCACUGCACCUGUCUCUGACGUUCCCGAUAUCCCAACUGCUCCUCCAUCAGUUGUCGAGCCUCCGUCAGAGCCGCCCGCUGAAACUACUCUACAAGAGUCUGUUGUAGAGGAGGCCAAGUCACCAACGCCGCCUCAACCAGAGAUUAAGGAGGAAUCCAUCCCUCCUGCUGUUGAGGAAGUUGCCAAGGGAGAAUCUCCUGAUAUGAUUGCAAGCUUGAUGGAUAAGCUUGAUCAAGAGCAUGCAGACAUAGAGGGCAUCAAGGAAGAUCUACCAACUCCACCGGUACCUGCGCCAGUGGAAGAGCCCGCACCUGAAGCUCCUGCAGCGAUGGACAUUGAGCCUCCUGUCGAACCCGUUGCUGAGCCCAUCGAAAAGCCUGUCGAGGAACCUGCCCCUGAGUCUGGACCUGAGCCUGUUGCCGAGACUGAGGUCAAGCCAACUAUCGAGGCGCCUGCAGAUGCACCCACAGAAACAAAGGCCGAGGUACCCUCAGAGCCAACCUUGAUACCAUCAGAGGUUCCGGAAGCACCAGUCGAUGAGCCCAUGGUUACCGAGGAGGAAAAGCCUAGUGAUCCCGUCCUUGAAGCUCCUGCUGUGGAGGCUCCCACAGUAACAGAACCUAUGGAAACGGAAGUGGAAAAGAAGGAUGAAGAAAUAAACAAGGAUAUCGAUACUGCUUAG